AUGAUGCUCAGGCCAAAGGCAGACGAAAACAAAUACACAGCUGAGCCGUCGAAGCAGGGUUCAAAUAAAAACAAACAACUGGCUGCAGACUUCGAAAAGAAAAGCUCUGUCCAGGCAGCUCUUGCAGAAGAACGAAAGCAGGAAAUGCGACAACGACUAGGCUAUAAUUCCUACCAUCAGCGUGGUACGUUCCAAAGAGGACGUGGUCGAGGUCGAGGUGGCCGCGGCGGCUACUCAAUUCAUCACACAACAAAUGGUGAUCACAAAGUCCAGGGGAAAACGUCGUUUUCGCGAAUUCCGUUGUCGCAAGAAGAAUUAGAUCAAGAGCUGGACGCCUAUGUGCAAAAGCGCAAGGCUCUUCAAGAGCAGAAAGAAGUUGAAGCUAAGAAAGCAAAAGUCGAGGAUGAAAAUGAGAUCAAAGAAGAAGUUGACGUUAGCCAAAAAGAGACUGACGAAGAAGAAGAACCAACGAAGAAAGAUGCUAUCAACGACCAGGUUGAUAGUCCUGAUCAGAAAGUUGAAAAUGACAACGAAGAGGAAUAA